ACCCUGACGCCUCCUCACAGGCUAAUCCUGCAGCUGGGACUGUGACCUUGAGGACGUGGAGUCAGGAUGGCUCUGAGCCAACACCUCUCCCUCCAUGGACUCUGUGUCCUCCUCCUCGGCACCAUGGUGGGUGGUCAAGCUUUGGAGCUGAGGCUGAAGGAUGGAGCCCAUCACUGUGAGGGGAGAGUGGAAGCGAAGUAUCAAGGAGAAUGGGGCUCAGCAUAUACUGAGUAUUGGCACCUGAUAUCUGCAGACUUGUUGUGCAGACACCUGGAAUGUGGACCUGCUGUUGAUGCUCCCAGAGGGUCUUAUUUUGGACCACGACUUGGUCCCAUUUGGUAUUUCUAUUAUUUCUGCAACAUUACAGAGGCAGAAUUAUCUUUGGCGAUCAAUAAAUGUGUUCGACCUGAUUUUAAAAACUAUAAUGAUACCUUCUCUCAUGAUGAGGAUGUUGGAGCAGUCUGCUCAGGAUUUGUGCAUCUGGCUAGAGGGAAUGGACCUUGCUCAGGGCAAGUUGAAGUACGUUCUGGAGAAGACUGGAUCCCAGUGUCUGAUGGGAACUUCACACUUUCCAAUGCUCAGGUCAUCUGUGCAGAGCUGGGAUGUGGCAAGGCUGUGUCUGUCCUUGGACAUAUGCCCUUUACAGAGUCAGAUGGACAGGUCUGGGCUGAAGAGUUCAGGUGUGAGGGGGAGGAGCCUGAGCUCUGGGUCUGCCCCAGAGUGCCCUGUCCAGGGGGCACGUGCCACCACAGUGGAGCUGUUCAGGUUGUCUGUUCAGCAUACACAGAAGUUCGGCUCGUGACAAACAGCUCCUCUCAGUGUGAGGGGCAGGUGGAGAUGAAUAUUUCUGGACGAUGGAGAGCUCUCUGUGCCUCCCACUGGAGUCUGGCCAAUGCCAAUGUUGUCUGUCGUCAGCUUGGCUGUGGAGUCGCCAUCUCCACCCCAGAAGGAACAGAAGGAAAUGAUCAGCUCUGGAAAGCCCGAUUUCACUGCUGGGGGGAUGAGUCCUUCCUGUGGGAGUGCGCUGUGACUGCCCUGGGUGAUCCUGACUGUUCCCAUGGGAACAUGGCCUCUGUGAUCUGCUCAGGAAACCAGACCCAGGUGCUGCCCCAGUGCGACUCCAUGUCCGAACCAGCAGACUCUGCAUCCUCAGUGGAGAGCGCCCCCUACUGCUCAGACAGCAGACAGCUCCGCCUGGUGGACGGGGGCGGUCCCUGCGCCGGGAGAGUGGAGAUCCUUGAGCAGGGCUCCUGGGGCACCAUCUGUGAUGACGGCUGGGACCUGGACGAUGCCCGCGUGGUGUGCAGGCAGCUGGGCUGUGGAGAAGCCCUCAACGCCACGAGGUCUGCUCACUUCGGGGCAGGAUCAGGGCCCAUCUGGCUGGACGACCUGAACUGCACAGGAAAGGAGUCCCACGUGUGGAGGUGCCCUUCCCGGGGCUGGGGGCGGCACAACUGCAGACACAAGGAGGACGCGGGGGUCGUCUGCUCAGAGUUCCUGGCUCUCAGGAUGGUGAGCGAAGACCAGCAGUGUGCUGGGUGGCUGGAAGUUUUCUACAACGGGACCUGGGGCAGUGUCUGCCGCAGCCCCAUGGAUGAGGUCACCGUGUCCAUCAUCUGCAGUCAGCUUGGCUGUGGGGACAGUGGAAGUCUCAACACUUCUGUUGGUCUCAGGGAAGGUUCUAGACCCCGCUGGGUAGAUGGAAUCCAGUGUCGGAAAACUGACACCUCUCUCUGGCAGUGUCCUUCUGAUCCUUGGAAAUACAGUUCAUGCUCUCCAAAGGAUGAAGCCUAUAUCUCGUGUGCAGGAAGAAGACCCAAGAGCUGUCCAGCUGCUGCCCCCUGCACAGACAGAGAGAAGCUCCGGCUCAGGGGAGGAGACAGCGAGUGCUCAGGGCGGGUGGAGGUCUGGCACAGCGGCUCCUGGGGCACCGUGUGCGAUGACUCCUGGAGCCUGGCAGAGGCCGAGGUGGUGUGUCAGCAGCUGGGCUGUGGCCCUGCCCUGGAAGCCGUGCGGGCCGCGGCGUUUGGCCCUGGAAACGGGAGCAUCUGGCUGGACGAGGUGCGGUGCGGGGGCCGGGAGUCCUCCCUGUGGGACUGUGCUGUGGAGCCCUGGGGGCAGAGCGACUGCAAGCACGAGGAGGAUGCUGGUGUGAGGUGCUCUGGAUUUGUGCGUCUAACUGGAGGAGCUAGACCUUGUUCUGGGCGAGUUGAAGUGUAUUCUGGACAAGACUGGACCCCAGUGUCUGAUAGGAACUUUGCACUCCCCACUGCCCAGGUCAUCUGUGCAGAGCUGGGCUGCGGGAAGGCUGUGUCUGUCCUGGGACAUUUGCCCUUCAGAGAGUCAGAUGGCCAGGUCUGGGCUGAAGAGUUCAGGUGUGAGGGGAAGGAGCCUGAGCUCUGGGUCUGCCCCAGAGUGCCCUGUCCAGGGGGCACGUGUCACCACAGUGGAGCUGCUCAGGUUGUCUGUUCAGCAUACUCAGAAGUCCGGCUCAUGACAAAUGGGACCUCCCAGUGUGAGGGGCAGGUGGAGAUGAACUUUUCUGGACGAUGGAGAGCGCUCUGUGCCUCCCACUGGAGUCUGGCCAAUGCCAAUGUUGUCUGUUGUCAACUCAGCUGUGGAGUCGCCAUCUCCACCCCCAGAGGACCACACUUCAUGGAAGGAGGUGAUCAGAUCUCAACAGUCCGAUUUCACUGCUCAGAGGCAGAGUCCUUCCUGUGGAGUUGCCCUGUGACUGCCCUGGGUGUCCCUGACUGUUCCCAUGGCAACACGGCCUCUGUGAUCUGCUCAGGAAAACAAACCCAGGCGCUGCCCCAGUGCAAGGACCCAGUGACGGAACCAGCGGCCUCAGCGGCCUCAGAGGAGAGCGCCCCCUACUCCUCAGACAGCAGACAGCUCCGCCUGGUGGACGGGGGUGGUCCCUGCGCCGGGAGAGUGGAGAUCCUUGACCAGGGCUCCUGGGGCACCAUCUGUGAUGACGGCUGGGACCUGGACGAUGCCCGAGUGGUGUGCAGGCAGCUGGGCUGUGGAGAAGCCCUCAACGCCACGAGGUCUGCUCACUUCGGGGCAGGGUCAGGGCCCAUCUGGCUGGACGACCUGAACUGCACAGGAAAUGAGUCCCACGUGUGGAGGUGCCCUUCCCGGGGCUGGGGACGGCACGACUGCAGACACAAGCAGGACGCGGGGGUCGUCUGCUCAGAUUUCCUGGCCCUCAGGACGGUCAGCGAGGACCAGGAGUGUGGUGGGUGGCUGGAAGUUUUCUACAACGGGACCUGGGGCAGUGUCUGCCGCAGCCCCAUGGAAGACAUCACCGUGUCCAUGAUCUGCAGACAGCUUGGCUGUGGGAACAGUGGAAGUCUCAACCCUUCAGUUGCUCUUAGGGAAGGUUCUAGACCCCGCUGGGUAGAUGGAAUCCGUUGUCAGAAAACUGAUACCUCUCUCUGGCAGUGUCCUUCUGACCCUUGGAAUUACAACUCAUGCUCUUCAAAGGACGAAGCCUAUAUCUCAUGUGCAGGAGGGAGACCCAAGAGCUGUCCAGCUGCUGCCCCCUGCACAGACAGAGAGAAGCUCCGGCUCAGGGGAGGAGACAGCGAGUGCUCAGGGCGGGUGGAGGUCUGGCACAGCGGCUCCUGGGGCACCGUGUGCGAUGACUCCUGGAGCCUGGCAGAGGCCGAGGUGGUGUGUCAGCAGCUGGGCUGUGGCCCGGCCCUGGAAGCCGUGCGGGCCGCGGCGUUUGGCCCUGGAAACGGGAGCAUCUGGCUGGACGAGGUGCGGUGCGGGGGCCGGGAGUCCUCCCUGUGGGACUGUGCUGCGGAGCCCUGGGGGCAGAGCGACUGCAAGCACGAGGAGGAUGCUGGUGUGAGGUGCUCUGCCCCUGGCAUCCUCUCCCUUCCCAUGAUCAUCUGCAUCAUCCUCGGAGCCCUUCUCUUCAUGGUCCUCAUCAUCCUGGGGAUUCAACUACACAGAUGGAGAGCAAUGCACCAAGAGUUAUCUGAUUUUGAAGAUGCUGUUGAUGAAGCUGUGUACCAGGAGAUUGAUGACAUCAUAAAACCAGGGAAGAAGGACCUGUUAGACAGCCAAGGUAACCUGUCUGAUGACUCAGCAACUAAGCUGCCGUAUUACACAGGGGAUGAUGGAGAGGAUGGAGACUCUGACUCUGCCCCAGAUCCUCUAAGACAGCAUAUCAACACCAUAGGAAAUGGUUAUGAUGAUGUUGAUGAGUUACCUGUUCCUGUAAAUCCUUUCUUCCCUGGGAUGAAUGAGAAUAACAUUUCCCCAGAGGACAGAGGUGGUGCCAGUUAUUCCCAGACAAAGCCUCCGGGACAGGACAUCAACACUAUAGGAAAUGGUUAUGAUGAUGUUGAUGAGUUACCUGUUCCUGUAAACCCUUUCUUCCCUGGGAUGAAUGAGAAUAACUUUUUCACAGAUGAUAGAGGUGGUGCCAGGUAUUCCCAGACUGGCAUCUCUCUGAAGUCUCUGAGAGAAACUGUCGACUCUUGGGUGGAAGAGAAGGAGUCCUCAUUGGUCCUGAGACAAGAAGAGCCUGGAUAUGAUGAUGUUGAGCUUAGCACCAUGUAGCACCAUUUUUGAAGCAAGAAAUUCUUGAAAGACAUCUCUGUAAUAUUUUUUAUCAAAUAAAUGAGAAUCCUGUCUUCUU